AAAAGGUGAUGCAUCAAACAACAUAAUCUUGAUGGUCCAAUAUUUAAGAUAAUGCAUUGUAUCAGUUAAAAAGUGGUUGUGUUUUCUGGUAUAAAACAAAAAAAAGGUAAAAAGAUAGACAGCAGCCUAAGCAGAGCCUCUGCGUGCCAACUGGAGCAUAGAGUUCAACAAUGUAUAUAUAUCACCAUCAAGUGGCAGGACUGUGUACAACCACUGAGAAAGAGGGAGGACGGAGUUAGUUGAAAUAUAUCAGAGACGAUGUCAGACAAUGUUUUUGAGGAGAAUAACACUUUUGUUAAAUUGAAACAGUUCACAUUGAUACAUUUACAAUGUAUACAUCAGCACACAUGCAUGAAUUUCUUAAACAUUUUGGGGAUGAGAACCUUCCCAUGGUGACAUUAUGAACCAAAUUUACUAAGUUGUAUAAAGCAGAUUGCAUUCAGAGACAAUGCUUCACAAUCAUAUAGAUAUUAAUAUACCACACCUGGAUCUAGACUUGUAUUAAAAUACACGUAUUAUGACAGUUAUGGGAUACAUGCUACAGUCUUUUUUUGUUUUGUUUUUUGAUAGUGAAGUAUUUUUUUUGAAGUAACAAAAACGAGGGAUAAUUUGAACAAAAUGAUAUGCAGUAAUGCAAUAAACAGACCUGAUUGAUUGAUUACACCGCGGUGAAGUCCUUUUAGCAUUUGUUCUGGGAAUUUGGGGCUUUUAGUAACUAACUUCACAUUUUAGAUUCAGAAAUGAUCACAUGGUGGGUAUUUUUAGGUUCACUUCAGUAAGGUAUUUUGAGACACAGUAUAAUUAAAUUAGACUACUAUUAGGCCAACAUUAUCAAAUAGCCAAAUAAUUUCUUCACCAGAGUUUUAUUUCAGGCAGUGUGGAGAAGUCAGCAUUGGACAAUAUUUAAAGUUGUGAAAUUAAAUGUAUAGAAAAUAUGAAAAUAGUCUAGUUUAGUAAUUAAGGAGAGACUUAUUUGUAUGUCUAGGGGAAGGGGAUGGGGAUGCUGGUUACUAAAAUCCUGCUGUGGCCCUGGCAUUGACAUUGAUUUUAUUUCUAGCUAACAGUACUGAAAACUGUUUGGUAGUUUGAUAGACUAUCAUCUUUUUGGGUUAGGAUUAGGGUUAGGGUGGCUUUUGAAUCAGUUUUCUUUUGUUUUUGUUUGGCUCAUCUUCAUUGGGCUGUCUUUCUGAGCAUUACAGUUAGUGCCUAUAUGAGGAAUAAUACCCAAUUGAUUGAUCCCAAUAACAGCACGUAGCUGCUCCUCAUUGGCUGCUACUGUGACUGAUUGAGGAGGAAGAGAGGAGUAAGGCCGGGCGAAACCAUUUAUCCAGCCAGUACAAUCCUUCGACUGGAAAUAUGUUGAGAUUAAUGAGCACUGGUGAGCAUCUAGAUUCGGAUUUCAAAAGAGGAUUAUUGGCGUGUAUUUGAAUUAGAUGGUACGGUUACUAAUCUGGGUAAUUUUAGGAUUAGAUUAGCCUCUUAAUCACACGGUCAGCGGCUCUGAAUCCCCCUAUAUCCGCCUCAUCUCUGAGAAUAAACAGCCGGACUGGCGGUCAGGAUGCGGAGAUGGUUUUGGUGACGCUGAGGAUGGAGACCUGCGAAUAUACCGAAAUCCAAACGAUAAUGAGGAUCCGGUUUGAUUCAAGGCUAGUUUAGUCGGGGUUUUUUUAUCGCUGAUUUUUAUAUAAGUGGCUAUGAUUUCCCUGCGGAUGUUUGUGCAGCUGUUGGUGUUGUCGAUCCAAAGCGGAUGGUGGGGAGUCGCGUCGAGCCCCACCGAUGAAGGAGCACUCCGGGCCGGCCACGGGGAGCACGGAGAGCCGGGACACCAGGAGCCCCACAAAGACUCUUACAGCACAUUCGCCUCCGAGUUCCUGGAGUCCAGAUAUCUGUCCGAUGACGGUUAUCCAUUCCCCACCGCCCCACCAGUGGAUCCCUUUGCAAAGAUCAAAGUCAUCGACUGUGGAGUAACCAAAGGAUGCAUAAGAUAUGGGAAGCCAGGGUGUGAUGCAGAGACGUGUGACUACUUUCUGAGUUAUCGUCGCAUUGGGACAGAUGUGGAGUAUGAAAUGAGUGCAGAUACUGAUGGCUGGGUGGCCGUAGGUUUCUCCUCGGACAAGAAAAUGGGAGGCGAUGAUGUCAUGGGCUGUGUGCACGAUGAUAACGGACGCGUGCGGAUUCAUCACUUCUACAAUGUCGGCCAGUGGGCCAAGGAGAUCAAGCGGAACCCAGCCAGAGACGAAGAGGGCAUUUUUGAAAACAACCGUGUGACCUGUCGCUUCAAGCGGCCGUUAUACGUUCCCAGAGAGGAAACACUUGUGGACUUACACCUGUCAUGGUAUUACCUGUUUGCAUGGGGACCGGCCAUACAAGGUUCCAUCACAAGGCAUGACAUCGACAAUCCACCAGUCAGCGACCAUAUGAUCAGCAUCUAUAAGUACGAGGACCUCUUCAUGCCUUCUACAGCCUACCAGACCUUCAACUCUCCCCUCUGCUUACUGCUCAUAGUAGCCCUCACCUUCUACUUACUAAUGGGAACGCCGUAAUGAAGAUCAGCAGAGCACAGUGGGCAAAAAGAAGGAAGAGAAGAUGAAGCAGCUAUAAAACAAGUUGCCAUUUUUAUUUGAUGCCACAUUCAAGUGUGCACUUUGCAAAGAGAGACACUGUAUUAGAUAUAUUAAACAAGAUAGAGAAAAUAUAUUCAUUACUCUAGCAAAGAUUUGACAAAUUGUUAAACUUACAGUAUAUUGUAGUGCUGUCAUGUACUGGUGUCAGCACAAAACAAGAGGUCUAAUAAAAGUAUUAUAGUUUAAAAUAGGCCAUUUAUUUCCAAUAUUUAUGAUAGCUUCUGCACAUUUAAAAAUAUGAGGACUACACAUGCCAAAAUUAAUAAAUCUUACAAGUCUCUGGAAUACUGCAUGCACUGGGAAAUCACUGCUGAGAAGAAUAAAGGACCUGUAAAUGUGAAGCACCCACUGUCGACUGGUGAUGAGAAGGCAGCCCCUCAUGUUGAACUUGGCUGAAACACACAAAAUGUUUCUGAGGACAAAAAUAAACCCAGCAGCCCACAUGUUUUUGCAAACAUUCGUCCUCAUAUUUUUUGGAUAUGCCUCUUUGCUAAAAAAAAAAGAAGGUAAAAGACACUUAAGUUACUUUUUUGUUUACAUUUUCCAGUUUUAGGAUCUGCUCACAGUCUGCAUUUACUAAAAGAAAGAUUUCAUUAACUUUUUGUAAUGUUCAUGUUUGGCACAUUCAAACAAAAUUUCCUUUCAAGAGAUUUGUUCCCCCUUUCUCAACUUCAUUGGCUGUUGGGUUUGUUUAUUAGUCCUGUGGCACUAUGACUGUGUGUUUACCAGAGAGAGACUGCAACAUGAGUUACUAUUGCCUAGGCAAGCAAUAACACACUGAACAGGAGCCAACUGUGACCCAUGGAUUUAAGGACAUUUUGCUUGAACAUGGACUAUUUUUCCCCAGGCUGUAAUUGUAGCCUUUUGACCUGUAUUAAAAAUGCCUGGGUAUGUUAAACAGUUCACAAUGCCUGCAUAUAUUAUCAAUAAACCGUUUAAGUACAUUAUAAAUUAAGUAUUAAUUAUACAAUAUUUACAAGAAAAUACAGACUCUGCACUCUGUGAACAGACAGCUCUGUUCGUCAAAAACUAUAAAGUCAUUUAACAUGAACUGUUACAUUCCUUCAGGGACCUUUAUGUGUCAUUAUUACAUAAAUAACAUAAUAUACUCUAGGCUACUAGGGCCCAACCGAUACUGGAUUUUUGGGGCUGAUGAUGGUACUGAUGUUACGGAGUAAAAAAAAAAUCAGAUAUGGAUAUAUAAUAUGUACAGAAUAUACACAUAAACACACUUCUUUUUUUUGCAAUGAUUAGUGUACUGAAACAGUAAACUUCACUGGGAAUUUAAUAUCAGACAACAUACACGCAGAUACCAAUAUAUCUGUGAUAGGCAGAUAAUAACAGCUGACUGAUAUAUUGGUUGGGUACUGUAAUGUACAGUAUAUUAUGCUUCACUAUUGACAUUAUUUUAAGGGACCUACUUCCUUUGCUUACAUGCAAUAACAUUUACAUUAAAAAAAUAUACUUUUAUAACAAUGUGUUUGGUAAUGAUCAGCUAGUAACUAUAACCAUGACUCUACUGGUGAA